AUGGUUCAGAAACGCACUAUUGAGGUUGUAAUACCACAAAUGUCGAGUCAAAGCAUUAAUCCAACAACAAAAUCAAAGGAAGUUGCAUCAAAGACCACCUCAGUAACUUCUUUGGCCGCGAUUGACGAACAGGAAGAUUUAUGUAGUCCUAGUCCUCCACGUCGUACGGAUGGCGAAUUACAGAGCAAAUUGAAUAAUUGCACAAUGUCUUCGAUGUCUAGCUUGCUGGGACAUUUCUUUUCCGGGGCUAGAGAAGAGAUAAAGGAGACGGAAGAUGCAGAGGUUGUCCAUGGCGCCAAUCCUCCACAUCGCACGAACGAUCAGUUAUUGAACUGUGGCGGAGAUAAUCAUCAAUCAUCAGCAACUUCGAGCGAGAGAAGAGAAGAGGAGAUAAAACGAGAGAUUGACCAUGCAUAUGGGACUAAUCUUCCACGUCAAGCAGGCGUCCAAGUGAGAUUCGAGCUGGAUAAUCACGAGGCCUCGACACCCUCGUUCGCUUCCAAUCGAACGACUCCGCAAUUAACUCCCACUUCUUCAAUAGUCGAUGAGGUGGAAGGAAAUCUCAUCGAUCUCUACAAUGAUAAUGAUCAUGAUACCCCUCUCCGCCAUACGGGCGAGGAAUUCCUCUCUGACGAAUUCGAAUUCGAACCCCAUCCUCAUCCUCAUCCACAACCACAUCCCGCACCCAAAUCCUUCACCAUCGAACAACAUCCCCACACGCAGACAAAAAGCCCUACCACAUCUCAGCAAAACCAUCGUGCGCCCGCAAACAUCACAUCCACCUCUCCACGCGCAAUCCCCAAGCACGAAAUCUUCCUCCAUACUCUCCCAUCAAGACAUGCAUCGGUCCCCCAAAUCCGCAUCUGGAUCGCAAGCUGGUUUUCCGGGCGGGACAUCGCGUUUGCCGUCCCGUGGGAGGGCGAAGAUAUCGGGUUGCAGCGAUAUAUCGAUUGUGUUUCCUGGAGCGGAGAUGAGAUACACAAUGGUGGUUAUGGCAGUUUGGAGAAUGAUCUGAGAGGAUGGAUGUUAGGUGGGUAUGCGAGACCGAUUGUGAGGGAUAUUGAGAGGGCGAGGAAUAUGGAACGGGAGAGGAAGUGGGAGGUGGCUGUGGGGAGGUUUGCGGAUUUUCUUUAUGGUGCGGUGGUCAUGGGGGUGGUGGGACUGGUUUUGAUGGUUUUGGUGCCUUGUCCUUGUCGGAGGUAUUGA